GAGGCGGUUUGCUCAUUCCACAGAAAUGCAAAUUAUUCGCAAGCGCUUCUAGCCGGUUGUUCAAAUUAUUUAUUUUAAUAAUUAUCCGGGACAUCUCACAUUAGGUGACAUCUUGGUCCUAGACCUAAGGUCAGAGGUAUGAGUCUGUUUCGCUACGUCGAGAUCAACUGUCUUCACCACGCCUUCUUGCAACUGGGAAACUUCUCUCCCGUCGAUUCUUUGACGAAGGACGCUGUGCCGAAGUCGAAGUUGUCUGUCAUUUGCUUGAACAUCUCAUCUCUGCUCGACCGUCGCUUCAACGAGAAACUACUUUUAGAGCACGUGCCGGAGUCCGAGUCUCUUACGUUCGCGCAGUUCCUCGAUUUUUUGCAGUCCAAGUUUCUGAGCGAGGACAGCUUGUUUGACGUCGAGCAGUUGCGACGUCUGUGCUGGCACAUCACCUCGCGAGGUUUCGUUCGCAGCAUUCUGUCAAACGAUGAAGCGUACAAAGUGUGGAUGAUAUUUAGCAAACUCAACAAUGAUCAGACGUUGAAGUUGGACGGAGACGAAACGAGUCGCAUUAUUGGUCAAUUUGCGCGUGCUGUUGCAAAGACGUUUGACAGGAAGAAGCUUGACGAGUACGAUCACGACAGACCAACCAUCACGUUUUGGACGUUUCUUCGUUUUUUCGAAGAGUGUCUUACUGAUGUGGAGCCGAACGUUUAUCGAGAAGUGUUGAUCGAUGUGUAUGAUGAGGUGGUGAGGGACGUUGUGAAGAAAGGAUACUUGAAGAAGAAAGGACACAAGAGACACACUUGGAAGGAACGUUGGUUUGUUCUCGAGCCUCAUUUCUUGAUAUACUACAAGUCUCGUGAUAACAUGGAAGAGAAAGGAGCAGUUCAUAUUACCUCGAGAUCCCAAGUAGAAGCAAUAGCAGAGAAAACUAACUACAAGUUCAGAAUACUUGUGACUGAUGGAGCUAAUGGGACAAAAUAUGAAUUAUGUGCAUCUGAUCAGCGUUCAAAAAUGGAGUGGAUUGGAGCUAUUAAACACGUCAUCGAAAGAGAUCCCGAAGAUGUUGCUCCUUUUCAUCAUGAACGAUUGGAAAGACUUCACGAGAAAGAUAUGAGACGACGCACUCUAGAACAACAACGACAAGAGAACGAAGAACAGAAGAAGCAAUUGGAGGAGUUAAGGCUGGCAAGGGAAGAGGCUGAACAACAAAAACUAUUCGAACAACAGUGGCUUCAAGAAGAGAUGCAACGACGAAGAGAAGCAGAGGAUAAACAGCGAAGGUAUCUUGAAGAAUUAGACAAAGAACGUUUGCAGAAACUGCAGGAAGAAAAUGAGAAACUGAGUAAAGAGGAACAGUUGGAAGAAGAAGUUCGUCGAAGGCACGAAAUACAAACAUUGCAUGAAGAGCAGCAGAGGCAAAUGGAAUUUGAGCAGCAAAGACUUCUUGAGAUGCAGAAACAAAAUGAAGAGUUCAUGCAACUACUACAGCUUGAACGAGAAAAAUACGAGAAAGCAGAAGAAGAGAGGCAAAAGAUGGAGGAGCUAUACAAGCAGGCACUUGCGAGAGGCGAAAGACCAGAACGACCCAAGUUUGAAGUGAAGAUGUCUCCAGGCCUCGCCAAACUUAUCGGCCCCAAGGAUUUUCCGCUUGUAAGCCAUCGCGGCCCUGGUGCCUUUCCAAAGGUGUUUUCACCCGAUAGCAAGUGGCUCGAAAAGCGAAAAUCGCGAUCAAAAAGUCCAGACACACAAGACGAAAAAAAGGAUUUUGCCAACAAGCCCGGGACUUCAAUUGUACGAGUGCUGUCGAGUGCUCAGAAUGGUAAUUCUGAUGAUGGCAACGUUGCAGUUUGCAAUGACACAGAUCAUGCAGAUGUCAUCACUGUGGCAGGUACAGCAGAUGAGGUAGGUGUGACUGUUGACACCAAGUCAGAUGAUGCAAAUGAAGUGGAUGUGGCAAGGAAAGGUGAUGCAGAUGAUGUGGGCCCCACAGAACCAGAUAAUGCUGCACCUGAAGAAAAUGAAAUGCUAAACAAUAUUACAAAUAGACUGGGUGUGGCAGUUGACAAGGCUACAGCUGGUGCAUAUACAAUUGUUGAAACAAAAAAAGAUGUUGCUGAUGGAGAGGAUGCCAAAAUAAAAGACAAUGCAGAGGAAGUGGACGUGAGGGAGGAAUAAUGCAAAUACAGUGGGUGUGAUGGUCAACAAGGAUAUGACUGAUUGUGACCACAUGCAUUGGGCAAUAACGGUGGUUCUUUCGUUGUCUUGCAGUAGAAUAAAUGUUUAGGACCGCUGAUUUGCGUUGAAUGGCACAAAGCAUUGAUUGAUUUUGAUUUUACGAUUAUUGUGUUUAUUGCA